GGGUGUCUCCUCACGUUCGUCCGAUGAAGAGCCAGAACGGUUGAGCGGGUAAAAACGACAGCUCCGAUUUUAGUUCGUUCAGUGCACUUUGUAUCGUGGCUACGGUCGGACCGAAACGACUUCAUUGUUUCGAUAUUUGUGUUGAGUACUUCUAUUGAAAUUCGCUUGUUGUAAGCUCUCGAUGCGCGUGUCGUCCAACAAAAUGACGUGUUCUUACGCUGGAUGGCAACACGUGAUUGCCUGACCCAGAGCAAAAUGGUUGCAAGUCACGGAUCUUACAGCGGUAGCCUACAGGGAAUCCCCCAGAAUGUGAUGACUCAUAAGCCCGUGUUGACCAAUCAACGCGAAGGACUUUGCUUAGUCACUAAAAAGCAUGAAUGAAACAACUAGGUAGAGAACUCAGCGAACCAAUCAGGUCGCAAGGUCUGUCGAGGACAUUGAAAAGUCAUGUUUUGGAGAUCACUCGAGUAAACAUUCUAUUGCAGUCUCGGACAGUAUUGAUCGAGGAUUGUUUUUUUAACCCUGACCGAUCAAAUUUGCUCUAAACUUGCAAGAAUUCAUCGACUGGAGAAAGUAUUCAGCCCAUCGUGUUGUGUUAUUCACUGCGACUGUGUCGCGUUCUGAUCGGAUUCGUAAGCAAGCACAGCAAGGCGUGUAGUGUAGAGUGUUGUGACACCCGCCUACCCAUCGAUGCAAGAAAUCACAAACGAUUCGGGGUUGCUCGGUUCCAUCAAACACAGCGGCCCAAGAGGCCGGGUACGCAUGAUGAACCGCCGUGGCAGGAAGAAGUUUUUGGGUGAGGGCAUUAAGAUGCCGGAUGAGAAAGAAACAGAAAAUCAAGCUUUGACACAACCCCCUCGCCCUGACCUUGAUUCCAGAGCCACACUGACCAUCAGUGGACAGAAGUUUGAAUGUGAUGCAAGUGACCUUGAACACAGGAAGUUCUUAGGUCGAGGGGCGUACGGCGUGGUGGAGGAGAUGGUUCAUCGACCCAGUAACACAGUCUUGGCAGUCAAGGUGGUCCAGGCGCUACAGUACCUGCACACAGAGCUGCACGUGAUCCACCGAGACGUGAAGCCCUCCAACAUACUCAUCAACAAGGCCGGUGCUGUGAAGAUCUGUGACUUUGGCAUCAGUGGCUACCUGGUGGACUCCAUUGCUAAAACCAAAGACGCUGGAUGCAGGCCCUACAUGGCUCCUGAACGGAUCAACCCAGACCAGACUGGCAACGGCUAUGACAUCAAGUCCGACGUGUGGAGCCUGGGUAUUACGCUGAUGGAGCUGGCGACGGGAGAGUUCCCCUACUCCAAGUGGGAGUCUCCCUUCCAGCAGAUCAAGCAGGUGGUCAUGGAGGCCUCGCCCAAGCUGCCCACUGACCAGUUCUCUGCAGAAUUUUGUGAUUUUAUUGCCAAAUG